AACGGUAACUGGUCACCAGUUCCAGUUACUAGAAACGGUAACUGAUCACCAGUUCCAGUUACUAGGAACGGUAACUGAUCACCAGUUCCAGUUACUAGGAACGGUAACUGGAACUGUCCCACCUCUAGCAUUAUUUCAGACGUUUGGCAAAUCGAUUUAUGAAGCUGAAUGGUUGACAAACAGUAAUGGACCACAAAUAGUUUUAUUGAAAAUCGAUGGUGCGCGAGCAAAAAAAGACGCUAUGUUUUACGUAGAAUUAAGUCGUCAUCCCCAUAUUGUUCAAACCUUUGGACUUGUAGAUGAUGCAUCAUCAGAAAAUACAAAUUCGGUCAUGUUGCUUCAAGAAUGGGCACCAGAAGGAAAUUUAUUUGAAUAUAUUCAAGAUCGAUCAACUGUGCUAAAUGAAAUUGUUUUAUGCGAAAUAUUUAUUCAAAUUGCAGAUGCAAUGUCAUUUCUUACACACAAUCAUAUUAUACAUGGUGAUUUAGCAUGUAGAAACAUUUUGGUUUUUCGAUUUGAUGAAAUGGAUUCGAAAUAUAAUCUUGUUAAACUCACUGAUUUUGGACUUAGUCGUUCGAGUAGUAUAUAUAAUGCUGUGGCAUGCGGUUCAUCAACGGUCAUGACCAUUGUUCCUGUUCGUUAUGCUGCACCUGAAAUUCUAUCUGAAAAGCGUCCUGAAGCGUACACAGAAAAAUCAGAUAUAUACUCAAUGGGCGUUCUAAUGUGGGAAGCAUUCUCCAAAGGAUUAGUGCCUUGGAAUGAAAUAGAAAAGGACGAAGACGUUGCGAUUAAAAUAAUCAAUGGAGAACGACUUAAACGACCGUUAGUUUGUAACGAUGAGAACUGGUCCAUCAUCAUGAAAUGUUUGUCAAAACUAUCAAAAGAUCGUCCGAAUUUUAUCGACUUGAAACGCAGUUUAACAGAGCUACAAUUUCAAUUUUUAAACAUAAAAAAAUCUUCGAUACUAAUAGAUAUUCCAAACACUACCACUACUACCAUGUCAAACGAAUGCAAAACAGCAGAAACAUUACUAAAAGUUAAUACAACACAGUGUCUUGAAAAGGAAAAUGAACGUAUCAAAUGCAAAGCUCGAGAUAUAGCAAAUCAGCCAUUCAUCGAGAAAAUACCAUGCGAAUAUUGUCAAGAUUUGUUUAAUUUAGACAAACAUAAUGCACAUGAAAUAGAUCAACGUGUUCUCUGUGGAUCUGCGCAAGAAAUUUAUGCAUUAACAGUAAAGUUGUAUCGUUUUUACAUCUCAGAUAUCAAUUGGCUUAUAUCUGCUUCCAGUACUACAAAAAACGCUGCUGUUGAAUCAAAAUUUACACACACAAUUCAUUCAAUCUUUGAUGAUACAGUUGGCUCACUAGAAGACACAAUUUUGAUUAAAAACUUACCCGAAAAUGUUACAAUAGGCGAAUUAGACUUAUUAUUUUCUCUUGCCGGGGAAAUUAAAUGUUAUAAAACUGGCAAACGCCAGAUUUGUAUCCAUAGUAAAUCUGUGAAUGGAACAAAACGUGCCACAAUAACGUACGUAGAUCGUCAAUCAGCAUCAAAUGCAGUCGAUCAGUUUAACGAUGAAUACGCGGAUCUUUUCGAUAAAACAAUCCAAGUUCAAAUCAAGAAGAAUAAACGAAAAAAUUGA